AUGGAGAGGCUGAUACGGAAGCAACUCCCCAAGUUCAAGCACGGCCGGCCCGAAAUCGAGUCGGCAGCAUUCGACGCGCUUCACAAAUUGACGCCGAAGGACGAUCUGGAACAGGAGCUGCUCUGGACGGCUCUGGCUUUUGCUACUCGAAAUUCCGCCCCGGCGUCAUUUCUCAGUUCGCGCAACUGGUUGACGCAACGAGUGGCGACGAUGCACCGACAGACAGCAUCCACGUCGUCGGCUCUGUUCAUCAUGGAAUUGCUGCUCAGGAAUCCGAAGAAAACGAUCGAAGACCACAGUCUGACGAUUGACGCCGUCCUGCUCGAUCUCCUCGACGAUUCUGUGCGAAAUGAGGGCCAGGCUGCCGAGGAAGGGAAAGAAGCGGCGAUGGCGACAUUUGCACUCAGGCAUGGAUCAUCGGCGAUCCCUCGAAUCUUGAAGACGCUCACCAUCGUGCUCAGCAAGCGGAUGACUACGGAAGCCGACCAGUCGGAGAUUCUACAGCUGAAAGUGCUCGGACAGCCGGCGCAUCGUGGCAAAUUGGCCAAAACAUUGCUGGAGUUGCUGGCAAAGAUUUUGGGAAAGGCCAAACCCGGGGAAUCGGUGCCGCUGAACGAGCUGAUCGCCACGCUGGCGCAGGUUUUGCGCGAGAAGGAGCUGCAACCCCUCGCUUUCGACAUCAUCACCCGAUUGGCCGAAGCUUCCGGGGCGGCGUUGCUCAGCCUGGUGCCAAAGAUUGUAUCGCUGCUGACAUCAAACCUGGACACUCCUUCGGCCGCUCUUUUCGCUUGCAUUGGCAAAUACGCAGAGCUCUACGGGCCAUCUUCCGGUCUCCAGACGCGUCUUUUUGACAUCUGGACUUCAAUGGUUCAGCCGCUACACGAACAGGAAUACAAAAACGAAGCGGCCUAUGCGGUCUCGCAGAUCAUCACGCGCUGUGGGUACUUGGUGAAGCCUGAGGUGCUCCAAACAGUGGCGCGUGCGGCAUGUCAAUGGGCGCUGCGGUAUCCCGGCGUCGAAGCGGCGCACGUCAUCGUGGCCUCGCUGUUGACGGCGCAAAAUGAGCACGUUCCGCCGCCUGUUCAUAUUGCUCGCCGACUUUGCGUUCUGUGCCCGACAUCGGCUGUCCGUCCGCUCCUGCUCGGUUUGACAGAUUCUCUGGCACGGCCCAGACUUCAUGAUGUCGCCUCGCUGCGCGUCCGCUCUCUCCAGCCUGGGAAGGAGACUGUCGACGAUGACUCGCAACUCCUUCACAUCGACGAAAAAGCUCGGGAGAACCGGCGGCUAUUGAACAAUACAAGCGAACCGAUUCCGGACGUGGAUAUCUGUCUGACCGAGGACGAGAUGGAAGAAAACGAGGAGAACCCGACUCAUUUUGGAAUAAAGGGGCCUCUGCACCAAGGCGGCGUUGCUCAAGAAACCCCAGACUUGGCCGUCAACCUCACCGAGGAUGAGCUGGAGAUUCUGGAGGACGAGACGAAUAGAGCGAAUCAAGCACGACUAGCGCAGAAAACGAAAAACUUCAACUCCAUGAAGCGGAAGCGCAAUCGCACCAAGGAGCUCAUGUUUGAAAAGUCUGACGGUGGAGCGCCGGAUAUUGAGGUGGCUCUUACCGAGGACGAGAUGACCGAGAAUGACGCGACCCAUAUUGUGAAGGUGCCAAUGACAAAGCGGUCGAAAAAGUUGCAGCAAAAGAGGCUGCGAUUGGCACAGGAAUCACAGAGAGAUGAGCAGCCGGAGGCAACGCAAGCGACACCUGCUACGAAAAGCACUGAUGGGAUCGCCCGUUCGACUUUCGUCAGCCAACUGGAGCAGCGGUUGGACAAGAAGGAACGGGCCAAGAAGAAGAAGAAGGAAAAGCAGGGCGCCGCUCCAACAAGUGUAGCGCAAUCCACGCCCUCCGCCCCCGAAGCCUACCCGCAAUCAGUCCAAGACAUCCUGAAUUGCUUCUACACGGAA